UGGUUUUAUUUUAAGCAGUAGAGCUCGUUUGAUACAAUGGCAAGAACCAAACAGACCGCUCGUAAGUCCACCGGAGGAAAAGCCCCGAGGAAGCAGCUAGCUACUAAAGCUGCUCGUAAGAGCGCACCAGCUACCGGUGGCGUCAAGAAGCCCCAUCGUUACAGGCCCGGUACCGUGGCACUGAGAGAGAUUCGCCGUUACCAGAAAUCCACUGAACUGCUGAUUCGUAAACUGCCAUUCCAGCGUCUGGUCAGAGAAAUCGCUCAAGAUUUCAAGACUGAUCUUCGCUUCCAGAGCUCGGCUGUCAUGGCCCUGCAGGAGGCUAGUGAGGCUUAUUUGGUCGGUCUGUUUGAAGACACCAACUUAAUAAUAUCAGCAGUCAUGUCUGGAAGAGGAAAAGGCGGUAAAGGGCUCGGAAAAGGAGGCGCUAAGCGUCACCGAAAGGUUCUUCGUGAUAAUAUCCAGGGAAUCACUAAACCCGCUAUUCGUCGUCUUGCUCGCCGUGGCGGAGUCAAGCGUAUUUCUGGCCUGAUCUAUGAAGAGACUCGCGGUGUGUUGAAGGUGUUUCUGGAGAACGUCAUUCGUGAUGCUGUUACCUACACUGAACACGCCAAAAGAAAGACCGUCACCGCCAUGGAUGUUGUGUACGCUCUGAAACGACAGGGACGCACCCUGUACGGAUUCGGAGGUUAAGUGACUCACAAAAAAAAAAAAAAAAAAAAAUCCAACGGCUCUUUUAAGAGCCACCCACAUUUCUACACAAAGGUCAAAUUUCUAGAUGAUAAAAUUAGAUUUUCUGAUAUAGUGAAUUCAUAGUGUUUGCUUUAAACUUUACCUCAUGUGAUUUCUGAAAUAAUUAGAAGUAAACUAUUUUGCCGUAUUCUCACUAUUUUACUUACUGUUAAAUAAACACUACAUUU